AUGAGCUCAUUAGCGUUGCUGAGCGACAUUCGCUCAACUUUCUUGGCAGCCUACGACACAAGCCAGAGUUCUGGCGAUAAUACUCUCAGCUCUGUUGGUAGCAUCAUCGGCAGAAGCACCACGACCGCAGCAACCGAGGACGCACGACAGCAUCUCCUGGAACACCUCGGCUUGCUUUGCACGACCAUUUGCAUCUCGGGUGAAGAGUACGUACGAGCAUUUCCGGCGAACCUCUACGUGGCGUUGUUAACAGAGAUCUUGGCUGCCGUUCAUGUGUCGCAGAGGGGCAACGGGUGCGUCAUGAAUCCCCUUACGUUCAACGUGCACGAGAGCAACACGCCAUCCUCCUUGGGUGUCGCAAAUCAGCAAAAAAACGGUGUUGCGAUGAAGAGGCAUCCAAAAAGGCUCUCGGCUCUAUGUAUGUCGUCUCUUGGCAUGCAGGCUGCAUCCCCCGUGGAGGUUCUUGUGCUACGAGCGCUCGCGCUCAUUGCGGAGAUGGUGCCCAGCGGCAGCUUUGCUCUCUGCCCUAGCCGAAACAAGGGGACCAUCGCCACACUGGCACUGUACCUCGGCGAUCCGGGGUUCCUAGUCGUCAACGAGGACCUUACUGAGGAGCUGCUCAAGUGUUUUCGUUACGUCUCUAUGCUCGCCCACAAUGCAUGUCUCCACGCACGGGUGCCAGCGGGCACCGUCAAGCUGCUACGAGUGUUAGAGCCUCACCACUUGCGACUUCUGUGCAUCCAAGUGCUGUCCAACCUCCUUUCACGCGCGCGGGAGUCGGACCUGGAGGGUGUGUGGUCACCUGUAAUGGCCAAGUUGCUGGAGUCGUUUGACGGCUUCCUCCUCGAAGGGUCAUUUCGACUAAGCACCCCCGUAACAGCACGCCGGCUGGCGACAGACGGGUUCUCGACAGAAGCAGUGUUGCCGUCCGUGCCUGUGACAUCAACGGCAGCGACAGCUGCCACUAACAACGCAUACAGCACUCUCACUGCCGCGCGUUUGCUCACACCGAGGGAGGCGGCGAUGCUGCAGCACUACAUGGCGGCGAUUGCGCAUGCUAUCGACCGCCUCCUCGUCUGCGUUGCCUCGAUAAAGGCGCACAUGAAACUAAUCCAUCAUGUGAUUCAAGUCUGCGUGCAGCUGCUGCAUCUGUCGUUGCACAUUAGACCCUCCACAUACGGCGAGUGGCUCCGCACCGUCGCCCUCUCGCCGAUUCUCACCUUUUAUCUGACCAAUCCGACGCUUGCGGUGCCGAUAUUGUUGCAGAUGCGUGUCUGGGAGGCUAUUUGUGUCUGCAUGCUGACACUUGUGGAGCGGCGGGAGGUGCCGCCCGGGGCUUCCAGCGCAGCAGUGAGCAGUGCUUCUCAUGGGACCGAGAGAGCGGGACAUGUACCAACUGGCAACACUGCCAUGCACGGCAAUAGUUCUGCCAACACCACUUCGGCUGCUGUGCCAUCAUCAACAUCCUCAGCACCAAACACGCAGGGCGGCAGCAGCGGGGACGGUAGUAGCGAGGCGGCGGCGGCUACUACGCAGGCCAACGCCGCCCAGCGUGGCAGCCCCGCUCUGACAACAGGCCCAGUGCUAACAACAGACGUAACCACGAUUCCCUUCCUCGCCGAUGAGCUGCGACUGCUCCCGCUGUUGGAAUUUUUGCUAGUGCUGCUCCCAUGCGCUCGCCGCGGGCACUCUCACACUGACUUCCGCAACACCACAUUCCCAUACUUUGGCUGGGCCUGGGAAGAUGACUUCCAUAACGAGACUGAAUGCAGCGAGGCACUGUCGCGACGACUGGAGCGCGUUUAUCAACAGACGCGUAACGGCCGCAAGCAGGAACUCUUUGCGGUGACCCACGGAAAACAGCGCAUCUUUUACAUCGAUUUCCUCAGUAAGUCGUAUCUGAGUCAGCGGCGGGAGCGCCACUGUCUACAUCGCAUGCCUCUUCUGAAGGGCUACGUGCAUAGUACGCAAAACGCCCUGCUACACUCCUGCACGUGCUGUGCUUCUGAGCCGGCCCCUCUCUUCUCCACCUGGGUAAACCCCAACCACAUGCAGAUUCGCACGGCUGAUACCGAAACCGACGACCGGCACGGGAAGUCGGAUGACAAUACCUCCGGUGUCACGGCGGAGGAGGAGGAUGAGGAGGAUGGCUCACAGGCACUGGGAUCAGCGCCGCAAUUGACCGCGAUGGCGCGGGCUUCAUCGUCUCCGUCGUUGCCUGGGAAUAACUCCAGGGGUGGAGGGAGCAGAACUGUCUCCUUAUUCCCAUCCCACUCUCAGGACCAAAGGAGAAACCUGCUACGAACGCCCGAUGUUCGCGCCAGUGACCCCGAUGACGCGGGCGGGAAUCGCGACGCAGUGACGAACCCUUCAGCAGGUCCGCAAUCGAAAGGUGAGCCCGCAAUCCGCACGGGCAGCAGAGGUGCGAGAAUAGUGCACCCCAGCUCCCGUUGUUCUAGCACCACAUACGACGAGAGGAACGAAGAGGAUUCAGAUAAAGUCUACUACUGCACUAUGAACGAAUGUCAUGGUGAGCCCCUGCAGCGCAGCUCGCGCCACCGCGGCGGUGGGCUUGGCUUCCUGUUGUGCAGGUGCGACUGCGGUACCACUGCAACCUCACGGUACCGCAACCGGCAGGUGCAGAUGAAAAACUAUCUUCCUAAUGCCACGACCUCACCUCUCCAUCGAGGACGCUCGCUAGCCGUAACGGUCCUGCCGAUAGAGGCAAUGCUUGAGGAUCCUGGGGAACGGUUGCAGGUGGACCCGGCUACGCGCAAGGCAUUUCUCGGCAAAGGCGUUCUGUCAAACAUACUGUCCACCAUCGUGCCGGCGCUACUCAGCGUGCUGGACAAUUGUGUGAACCCGGUCGUGGCGCGGCAUAGCGUGACGCUAUUACUGCGGUGUCUCUCACUCAGUGCCGACUUACGAACUCAAGUGACAGGCGACUCGAUUGAGCUCUUCAAGGGCGACGACUCUGGAAAAAAAGAGGCAGCCGUUACGACGGCAGCGUCAGAGGUAAGCUCGAAGAGGGGGUGGCGGCGCAUGUCUUUUGGUAGAUGGAUCACUGGCAGAUGGGGCAGCCGCCCGAGGCGUUGGCAGCGCGCGGAGUGGGAGGCGUCGCAGGCAGCGUUGCAGCGACUUGUCCCUUCCCUGCGCCAAGUCCUGGUGAGCCUUUACGUCACAGGAAAGGUGGACAUUGUGGCGGAGCGGCAGGAAAUCUUUGGGUACAUGCGCGACGACCUCUUGAUGGCGGACGAGUUGGCCAGAGUCGGACUGUCAACCGAGUUUUUUGGUUUCCAGUUGGCCUUGCCGUCCGAGCAGCACGUAUGCACGGCAGAUGCGAUUGUGCUGCUUCUCGGCCUCUUUUCCAGUGCUACGGCAGCAGCGUGCGCAACGCCGGUGCCAAGUUCAAAGGUGCUAAAGAAAGGCAAGAAGACAGGUAGUCUUCCCAGACCACCGCGAGAGAACACCAGUGGCGAUAAAAACGCCGGUGUACAGCUAUCGGCGUUUCAAUCGAUAAGCUCGUUUGAGGUGAGCGUGCAGGAGUCCGUGGUGGGCCGACCAACGCCACCAGUUCCUCAGGCAAGCCAUCAAUCGCAGCAUUCGCAGGAUGGCCGUUCCAUCGUGGCUUCUCUGACGUCACUGGGGAUCACGGCGGUGCAGCGCGGGACUCCGUUCUCGCAGGGUAGCCAAAUACGCACCAUCGAGCCAUCGCCACCACAGCGUGUUGGGACUGACAGUCAACCUCAACCUCGGUCAUAUCCCGCCAUGCCCUCGCAGCCUUCCAGUGUCGCGUUCUCGCAGGUAGUCAACGGGAGCUGCUCGACCGGCACAUACACAGUGCCGGAUCGCUUUCCAAAGGCACGCACGGCAGCCACAACAAGCAGCCGCGACGCUAGCGACACUGGUGUCUUCACUCUGCAUCAGAGUACGCUUCUCCUGAGCUAUGCCAGGCAGAUUGUACGCCGAUCGAUUAAGGUGCGGGCUGCAGCGCAGCGGAUUCAUGAGACAAUGAACCAGAAAGUGUUCCACACGCGCGUCCUAAUCGGGGCUUCAGCGACGGGCAAUCGCGGAAUCCAGCAGCUAAGAUCCCGAGAGCUCACCUUGCGCCUCUUCCCUGACUCCAGCUGUCCAUACCACUCCACUUUUGUUGCCUGCACCGAAACGUUUCUCCGUGCCUCGCAGGCCAUGUUAGUGGCCCUGCUCGCUGCGGGGGCGCCAAUGCCGGCCAUGACCAUAGCAACCGCAGCAGAGUCUGAGGACCUGAUGACGAGGCCUGAGACGGCCGUGUUCUUACCUGGUAUUGACGCUGUGGGCCGGCCGCCGUUGGCAUUGCGCCUUGAAGCGGCGCAGCCCACUGAGGGCGUGGGUACUGCGGCAGCAGUGCCCAGCCAAGUACCAUUGCAGUUGAAAGAGGGGGAGAAGAUCUCGGUGGAUGUUGAGCUUUCUGUCAUCCCGACGACCGUGAACGCGGCUGCCAUGCAGGAAGCAGUUGAGCGCGCCAUGGAGGACACCGUAGGGGUGUAUCGUCGCCUCCCGUCUGCGCUGCGGGGUUUGUUGGGGUUCUAUGACUACUGCAAGCAGAACAACAUUGAACUUCGUGCCGCUGUUGUCGAGACGCCAGACAUUCUGGGUGAUAUUGCCACUCAUUUGGAGCAGUGGUUGGCGUCGCGCGCGCGGCAGCGCGAGGACGCUGAGUGCUCUAACGCCAGCAUUGCACUCUCGGCCUACAUUUCAAACAAUUCGUUAGAUGUGAGCAGCCACUGUAGCGCUGAUGCGCUACUACCUAUCCAGCGGCGUCUUCGCCUUGACAGCACCGCUCGCGGCAAGCUGCUUAGUCUGAUAGCCGACUUUGCCACAACGAUUGGGCGCGACCUGGGCCUUGCCACACUGGACCUCGCCCCGUCGGUGGUUACGAAGCAGCCCUGCAGCUUUGAGAAACGUGCAAAGCGCUUCAAAAUCUCUGACGGGAUUCGCUUCCUUGCGUGGCGGCCACUGAGCGUUGUCCUCCACCUCAGGACACUAACGUCCACAAGACAAGUACAGCGCAACGGUCGUAGUACUACCAAUGCUUCUUCCGAAGCGUGGGGAGAAGAGGCACUGACAGAGAAGUCCGUGGUGAUGGUGGGACACACAGAAAUCCCCAUUAUUCCUGAUGUGAAGCUGCGUAACCCAAUGGUGUCAGUGCUCCCAACCGCCACGAUUGGGUUGCUGGCAGAGGCAGUGGCCGCGCAGAUUUCUCUCUCACCAGCCGAUGCCUUGCCAUCAAGCAGCACUCUCAAGUCCAUGCAGCAGUCGCCGCCCACACGGCCACGGGACACAUCGCGGGGGUUUCGUAGCUUGUCGGAGUCGGACUCGCCGAUUUUUGGUGCCAGGCCGAAGUAUAUCACAGAGCAAAAUGGGUUUGAGGAGCGCCUCCGUGACACACCUGCCGCAACGGCGACGACAUCUUCGGCACGACUGCCCAUCUCUGCAGACCGUAUUCUGUUUUUCUUGAAUGACACUCCGCUGUUUUCACCAAUGACGACGCUGCUCGAUGCGCUGACCGCCUUCGCAGUCAGCGGUGCUAGCCUUCGUGACCUUGUGGCGGUGCAGCGGUGCUCGUCUGAAUCUGUAGACGUUCAGAAUGCGAAAAUUACGGCGGCGCUGCCGACGCUGCCGUUUUGGACGCUGACCCAUGCCCUCGAAUUUGUCGUGCUGGCGGAGCCACUGCCAGCGUCGGUGAUGUUGAACUUGAUGGCAUCGCCAUCAGCAUCUUCCGCGGGGAGCUGCUGCUGCUGCGGGUGCGAUGGUCUGAGACCGGCGUUCUUAUGCAGUCCAAAGCACCUCUUCGACGAGGCGCCCUCCAGUGGCCCUCUCGCCCUCUACUCCGUCCUUUCUACCAUGAUGCGAGAGGAUGUCGGAGGCUCUCUGGCAGUGCUACAAAGCAACCAGCGACGACUGAGCAGCGCUGUCGUGCACGAGCUGUACCACCAACUGAACAUGUACAUGUUGCCACCCUUGCUCUGGUGCUCCGGCAUUGGUGUCACUUCGCGCGUAGGACCGGGUGGCUGCGUCGCCAACACUGCCGCCUUGUUGUCAUCUGGGACCUUUCCAUUGGCGUCGUACGUGCUGUGGCGCUAUCCCUAUAUCUUUUCCAUGGAGAUGCGCCUGUCUAUUUUGAAGUUUUUCAUUUCGGCACAGCGUUCGCUGAGUACCGGAGAAGCGAAUCGCCUGCUGCAGAAUUAUCGCCACCUGCUCGUGCGGCGCGAUCGAGCAGAAGAAACGAGGUUGCCGACCAGCAGUGCAGCAGACGACGCUCAUAGCAUUCUCGAGAUUGUGGGACUUCAGUGGAUGUCAAGGGAGGUGGUGCGUCGCCACCGCGUCACGCUCACAGUGCAGCGGCGCAACAUCCUACGCUGCGCGGAGGAUCUGAUACGGCUAGCCAACUGCAAUGUCACCAUCGAUGUGGCCUUCGAUGGUGAAGCGGGCAUCGGAAAUGGUCCUGCGAUGGAGUUCUACGAGCUGAUCGCGGAGGAACUUUUGAAUCCACAGCACGGACUGUGGCGCACCGAGCCAAUCCCAAUUGAUGAACUAACCGACUCGCCGACCUUGAAGACAACGCACUCCCCCGAUCGCAGCAUAAGUCUGUCGACACACAGCGGCGCUGCGGUACGCCGGCGCCCGUGCAUGCCUCUUUUCCCUGCCGCGAAACAGACCCCGACCACCCUUCACUACUGGAAGCUGCUCGGUGUUCUCCUCGGACGUCUGCUGGUGAUUGGGACCACUACCUCGCUUAAUUUUCACCCCUUGCUGCUGCGCCGACUGCGCGGGGAGUCACUCAACUCCACUGCAGGCGAGGCGUCUCGAAACAUGUCCCAGGUGGAUGCAGCACUAGAGUUGACGCUACAUCGACUCGAGAUGAUGGACGCUGGUAGCUUGGCCGCGUGUGAGCUUUUCUUCACGAUCCCCGUGAGCGAGGCUGACGGUUACGUGCCAGGUGAGGUCGAGGUGCUGCCGCUCAUUCCCGGCGGUGCCAAUCGCCGGGUCACGGUGGAUAACGUACAGGAAUACACGCGUUGCUUGCGCACCUACUACCUGCACACGGUGCUCGACCUCGCACUCCUGCACUUGCGCCAAGGACUCCAGCACACCGUGAAUCCGCUGUACCUGCAGCUGUUCAACGUUGGUGAGCUGGGGCGGCUACUAGGCUCGCCGCUGGACGUCAAAGUCUGGGAAACACGAGAGCAGUUCGCCCGCAACGUGGAGGCGGCGCACGGGUACCAUAUAAAGAGUGAUGUUGUGCAGUACCUGCUGGAUAUUGUCCCUGCCUGGAGCGCGCAGAUGCAACAUGCGUUCCUGAAGUUUGUCACCGGCUCCAGCGCUGUGCCGUAUGGCGGGUUCACUCAGCACAUCACGGUAGUGCGGCGAGACGUUGACAACUCUGUGGCGGAUUUGUCGGUCACUCCUACCGCCCACUCCUUCGGAACCAGCGCUGCUGGGCUAGGCGCUACCUCGAGCUUCACUAUCAGCAGCGUCAGCUAUGACAACAGCUUGCCAACCGUCAGCACUUGCUUCUUAUACUUGAAGCUGCCGCGGUAUAGCAGCAAGGCUGUACUGCAGGAUCGACUGCGCUUCGCCGUAUGCGAAGGCCAGUGCUUCUUCUCGUUGACGUAG